GUUUAUCGAGGGUGAUGUGUUCCCCAUGAACAACAGAAUAGAAGAACUUUCUCCAAAUCAGUCUAAGCACAUUAUACCUUUACUGCAAAAAGACUUGACAAGUUUCAAUUUGAAAAAUGACAUCCCAAAUCCGCCAAAAUUUCGACCUUGAGUGCGAAGGCCUCAUCAACAAACAAAUCAACAUGGAGCUCUUUGCUAGCUAACCAAAACAACCGAGGUGGUCGGAUCGUGCUCCAAGAGGUGGCCAAGCCCAACCGGAAUGAGUGGGGCACGGCAUUGGAGGCCAUGAAGGCUGCUUUGGAACUUGAGAAGACCGUUAAUCAAUCAUUGCUGAAUUUGCACGAAAUGGCAUCGAAGCAUGGGGACGCUCAUUUGUGCGACUUCCUGGAGUCAGAGUUCUUGACCGAACAAGUGGAAGGCAUCAAGGAAUUGGGUGAUUGGGUGAGCAAACUCAAGAGGGCUGGCGACGGAAUCGGUGUGCAUAUCUUGGACAAAGAAAUUGGAGAAUAAGAUUGGGCAAGCUCCGAUUGUUUGGGGCUCCUCUGUGGGUCCGAACCAUUUGUCGUCAUCUAUUUCAAGGAUACAUAAUCGGUCAUUGAGCUCAUUGCAGUUUUUUUGUAUUUAUUUACUUACCGUUACUCUAAUAUAUGACAUCAUGUCACAUUUGGUUGAAAUAAACUAUCCCAUUACCCUUUUA